AUGAAGUUCGCAGCAAUAAUUCCGUGUGCUCUUUUACUAUUCGGCGUUGUGAUUGGUGCCGAUAUGGUGGAGCAUAGUAUUCAAAUUAUAUCUCCAAAUAAAAACCAUUCGUUUGUAUUGGAAAUAGACGAAUUGAAAACAGUGUUAGAAGCUGAUGCCAUCAAAGAUCGUGAUGUGGUUGUUAUUUCUAUUGCCGGUGCUUUUCGACAGGGCAAAAGUUUUUUGCUCAAUUUCUUUUUGAAAUAUUUAGAGGCGCAGUAUAAAAAGCACGAUGUGUUGGAUUGGCUUGGUGAAAAUAAAGAGAACAGUACAUUGUCUGGUUUCGAAUGGGCGAGUGGUCGAAAGCGAAAAACCGUUGGCAUUUGGAUGUGGUCGGAAAUUUACACACAUGACUUCGAAAACGGUGAAAAAGUGGCAAUCAUUUUACUUGAUACUCAAGGAAUUUUCGAUGAUCAAACAAGUGUUAAAGAAUGCACAACAAUUUUUGUAUUGAGCACCAUGAUUUCAUCCAUUCAGUGCUAUAAUUUAAUGCAAAAUAUCGGAGAGGAUGAUUUGCAACAUCUGCAAUUGUUCACCGAGUAUGGAAAAGUGGCUCUACAACAUACGAACACAAAACAAUUUCAAAAACUAUUGUUCAUUGUCCGUGACUGGCCAUAUCCAGAAGACACUUAUUAUGGAUGGCGUCAAGAAAUAAUCGAUGAAAUACUCGAUGGAAAUGACGAACAAACGGACGAUAUGCAACAAUUGAGAAAGGAAAUCAGAUCAAGUUUCGAUGAAAUUGGUGCAUUUUUAAUGCCACAUCCUGGCAUGACUGUUGCACGAAAAAAAAACUUCAACGGUUCUUUGAAACAGAUCGACCCUGAGUUUUUGAAAUUUGCUAAAGAAUUGUCGCAAGAUCUAUUCGCUCCGGAAAAUUUGCUUAUUAAAAACAUUAAUGGCCAAAAUGUACGGGCUCGCGAUUUGGUCCACUACCUACGCGAAUAUACGAAUUUGUUCAAUAACAAUACAUUACCUGAACCACAACCAAUGUAUGAGGGGAAAGCCAAAUUGCACAACGAAAAAAUAUGUUUUGAACUAAAGGAACAGUUCAAAAACAGAGUAUUAGUGCAGAUUAAUAAUGCAAAUUCCACAUUGAGUAAUGGUAUUUUGCCUGGUGUUCAAGAUUUUCUAAAACAGUUUGACUCCAGGAAAAUGGGUGACGUCGAUGUUUCUGGUGUGAUGCGAGAUCAAUUUGAAAACGCUUUAUAUGAUUUUCUAUCCAUGGUGAAUCAGGCAUUUGAGACGCAUAACGACUCUAUCAACGAAUAUAAUAACUUUAUGACGAAGAGCAUUAAUGGGAUUGAAACUUAUUUCAAGCAAAAUAAGCUCAAAGAUAUUCAUGAGUUAGCGAAAGAAAACUCAAAAUCACAGAAAAGUGCGAAUGAGCACAAUGAAAAACUAAGCGUGGAACUAAUAGACACUAUUAAACAAAGUGUUGGUGUGGCACUUGAUACAUUCGGAAGAAUACUGGAUGAAAAUGAGUUUGGUAAUGUGACUAACAAAAUCGAAAGAGCUGCCAUUCAAGAUUUUGAUUUGAAAAAAAUCGAUGACGGAGAAGUCGCAGUUCGUGAAAAACUCAUACAAAAAGUGGAUGUCAUACAUUCUGAACUGCUCAACAUUGUUCAUGCAUAUAAUAGAUAUUUGAAACAGUAUAAUCAUUCAAUGGAAGAAUAUAUCGAAAAAUCUUCUUCAUAUUUAAAACGCGAUGAACUGAUAGAACUUCAUCGUGAUACGAAAAAGCAAUCAAUCGACAAGUUUGAGGCGGCUUCUCUUGGAAACUAUGAAGAUAUUUCAACCGUUUUACAAAGAAAACUUGAUAAAGAAAUAGAAUGCCAAAACUUAAUUAAUUCCUUGGUUAAAAAUGCUGGAGAAGAAUGGUUGGUGGAAAUAAAAAGACCAGCAGCGGCUUGGGGUGAUGAAGAGUUAAAUGAGAAAUUUAAAUCGUGGAAGGAAACUAUUUUUAGAAGU